GCUGAUGGUGCUAUGAGCUUCUGUCUUUAGUCCGCCUCUGCUAAUGUCGCUCAGCUUCACGAGGGGGGACGAACCGAAGCGCUGCCGGUCAGCGGUGUUUCAGAGUGUCUUCCUUUUAGCGACAAGGUCAGGAUUACAUGACAGAAGAAACGUCCACUCUCAGACUGCAGCUUCCGUUAACGUCACACUUUAACGCGAGGGAUGCCAUUGCAAUGGAAGUAGCAGCAACAGACAUAAUUAAUCAACCUCGGUACAUUAUUGCCAUUGUGAACCGUUCUGGGUUACACAACUUCCCUCGUUGGUAACAUUACACUACCCGAGCGCUUGAUAAAAACUGGCCAGUGAAAGAUGGCUCGGUGAACAUGAACAGUUCGGUGUAAGAUGGUGACGCCAGCUGCUGAAUUGUGAGAAACCCUCUCUCGCUCUCUCCUUUCUUCUCGGUGGCCACCGUCUUGUCUCUCAGACCCAAUGGCCAGCCGCCUUUUGGGCAGACAUGCCCGUCUACUCUGCAGGGCCUCCUCCUCCAAGACGCCGGCUGCUGCUGCUGCCCGCCUGCCUCCGCCUGUGGCCGGGCCUGCAGAGAUGAAGAGGGCUCAGGGCUGGCCACGGGUUACAGAAAGGUUCAUGUGCGAGGGAAGGACAAUUGACAAGGAAGACCACUAUCCGGGCACGCCUACGCGGACCCAGCUGGAUGAGUUGUUGGAAAAGGCAGUAGUGCCAGAGGACAUCCUGUUGGCCUGGGCAGAGCAUGGACAGAAUGGUAAUCAAGCUGCUAAUUCCCUGAUGAAGUGGACUCUGUUGGUGCUGAAGACCAAGGGCAAGUUUAAGGAACAAAAAGCAGAACGGAUGAGCGAUUCAAGGCUACUGGAUAUGAUGGAUACAGUAUCUCGGCAGGUGUCUGCAGUGUGGAAUGGCAAUCUGGUGUCUGUCUUGCGAGCUUUCUGGAUGAUGGGUGUGCCCUCCACUAAUUCAGCACUCAAUUCUGUCCAGACUGAGGUCCUGUGGCGUGUCCGCCGGCUGACCUACAAGCAGUUGGGCUACCUGGCAGAUUGGGGAGCAGGCAGGAAAGGACAGCAGGAUGUGGCUAUCGUGAAUGCUGCAUUAAAACAGCUGGAACUGCGUUGGACUGAAAUUGCCGAUGCUAAAACUGUCAGUGCGUUGAUAUCCAAUGGACAACGCAUGUCGCCCACCUUGAUAGACCGUCUCGAAGACAAGGCUUUGGAGCUCGCAGAGGGCUUCUCAGCAGAGGAGAUCCGCAAAGUCUGCACUUCUCUGGCAGCUCAGAGCCGCAGAUCUGUGCCGCUGCUCAGAGCUUUGUCCUACCACCUUCUCCAGAAGUCCUCGUCAGAGUUCACCACUCCGCUCAUACUGGACAUGGCUUUUGCAUACGGGAAGUUGAAUUUCCACCAUUCUCAGGUAUUUCAGCGAAUGGCCUCCGAGUUGUUACCCAGAGUGACUGAGCUCGGCUCUGCCGAUGUCACACGCUGUGCUAAAUCCCUGGGCUUCCUCAAAUGGCUCCACGUCCCUCUCUUUGAGGCCUUUGCUGAGCACUUCACUGCAAACGGUAAGCAGUACAGCACCCUCCAGCUUUGUAAUCUGCUCAUGACUUUUGCCAGACUGAACUUCCAGCCCAGCAAAGGAGAAGAGUUAUUUAGCAAGGUUCACUCUGUGCUGGAGGGCUCUCUCUCUGGCCUGGAGCCCUACUUGCAGACAGAUGUGGUUUGGGCUUUGUGUGUGCUGCAGCAGGCCAAGCCCCAGUACCUCCUCCCGCUCACACAACAGAAUCACGUUACCAAACUGUCGGAGGGCAGUCCAGCUCGAGUGGAGAAUUAUCAGCUGAAGCUCCUCCACAUUGCUGCUACUCUCCACUUGGAGCACCCGGGUUCCUCAGAUACUCCAUCCUCCCUGAAGGCCCUGUCUGUACCGGUCAAGAGCUCCCCCCUCUCCCCCCUGCAGAGCAGUCUGAGAGGGGGUUUACAGAGUUUGGUGGGUGCGAGGACAGAGGCCCUUCGCACUGGGGUUGACACAGUUUAUGGAUGGACUAUUGAUGGUGAGCUGGUGGUUGAUUGUGACAACAAACCAGUUGAUAUGUUGAUGCUGAGUGCCUCUCACCUUCCCAGUGGAGGAGGAGACCAGGCUUUACCUGUAGGGGCACAUCGGCUUGCUUUCUUGGCUUUGGAAUUUCCAAACUUUGGCUCAAAGAGUAAAGACCUUCUGGGACGGUUCGCCAUGAUGAAGCGACAUCUCCAGUUGGCUGGUUUCAUCACAGUGGAGGUGCCGUAUUAUGAGUGGCUGGAGCUGAAGACAGAUUGGCAGAAGUUGGCGUACCUGAAGGAUAAAAUGGGGAAGGCCGUGGCCGGGGACAUGGCCAAGUGAAGCCAUCGGUCCUGCAGACGCAGCCAAAUCUGAGCUUUCCCAAUCUAAUGGGACCACCGGGAAUACACACACACACACACACACACCCACGUUUCUGCAGCAUUGCAGAAAAGCUCUCUCAUACUUUUGUCAGGAAAAAAAAAACAAAACAUAUUUUCACUCUGGUUCCCUUGGCAACAUGUGGGGCUUUCCCUGUUUCCAUGGUGAUGGCGAGCAAGGCUUUUUGGAGCCAGAGAAGAGACAGAAAUAAACUCAAAAGACAGUCCUUCUGUACAAAUGAUGUGAUCUAAGACCGAGUCUUUGCUUCUGCGAGUGACCUGUCAAAACGGAAGCACCCAGGUCGUUUGUAUAACUUUGGCCAAAACGGGUUGGGCUUAAUAUCAUCAUGUGAAUAGAUCGGAAUAAUUUAUGUGUGUCAUCUUUUAUGGAAUAAAUUGUUUUAUUGCCAUUUUUACUUGUUUUGUCUGACAAUUCUUGCAUGUACAGUCGGGGCCCUGUUGCAGUAUUGUGUGUGGUAUUCAGAUAGGAUAUGCAUAAUUUCACAUGUGGCAGCUAGUGGCACACCUCUCUGGCGUACUGGUGCGUGUGAUCAGUAUUAUUAGCAAACAUUUGUCGAAUCGGCAUAGAGCAGGGUUGAUGAGCAUUUUCACAGCUUUGCUAACAUAAAUGACAGCUAGAUUGUUAUUUUGUUCACCCACUGCAUAGAUUAAUACAUUGUAAUAUAAGUAUAGCGAGUUUGCAUAGUAGAUACAUUGGUACGUGUUUCAUAUCUUUGAGUCCUGUGUUGAAUUUUGAUUGAAUCAGAAUCAGAACUGUUUAUUUGCGAGAGUAUGUUGCACAUA